AUGAACUCCCGCCGGGCCGCUGCUCCUGCUCCUUCCCGUGCCACCGCGUUCCGGAACCCGUGGUGUGGAGCCGAGAUCGAGAUCUUCGUCAAGCUUAAGCCGAGUGUCCAGGGGAUUAUCCAGCAGAAGCUCCGGCGGAAUCCCAGAAGCAUGGCAGGGCACUGGAGGGAUUGGGAUUUUGACCUCGAAAACGGCACCGGUAACCAGGACAGGAAGGAGAAGCAGCGCAGAUGCGUCGGGAAGGCUAUCCUGGAGAUUCUUGAUCAAACACUUGGACCCAAUCAUCGCUGGUCUUGCGAAAGCGAUGCGAGCUUGAAGGAAUAUACGCUAACGCACCCUCCUGAUACCCGGAAAUGGUGGGGUAUUGAGAUCAUCUCGCCGCCAUUCCCAGCGGACAGCGAGUGGAACGUCACCUUCAACCAGGUGUUUGAUGCGAUCAACCGCACUUUCGAUCUCUGGACGAACGACUUGACGUCAUGCCAUGUUCAUGUCUCCCCGGGGCCGUAUAAGGACAGCAAGUACACGAUGGACCAGCUUGCGCAGGUGGCCAAGGGCGCCUUCUUCUUUGAAAGUGCAUUGAAGGGGCUUCUACCGGCCGAGCGUCGGAUGAACCGAUACGCAUUGCCGAACUGGUCGAUCUAUAGCCCUCAACAGUAUUACAGUGUGGCACUCCAUGGCUGGGCCCCGCUCUUCGAGAGGAUCACCAGGCAUGCAUACCAGCAUGGGAACGACACUAACGCCUUCGCCAGGCGAAUGACCACCAUGGAAGGUUCGGGAGAGACGACCAGGUACGCGUCGACAAGCUUCGACCCUUUUGCCCGCCUGGGUACCGUCGAGUUCCGUCGUCAGGCCGGCGUUGCCUCGGCCAAGACGGCCAUCCGCCGUGUGCUGCUGGCGUUGACGCUUCACAUCACCGCCCUGACUAUGAACUUCGACAACGCCACUCGCGACGUAGGACGGGCGCAUCCAACCACCGAACACCUGAUCGGUACACUGUUUACAACCUUAAAGACCUACCUCCCGGAAAGGGCAUACAAAGACGCGGCAUUCAAGACCUGGCUCCAGCAGUGCGCCAGGGAUUAUGCCAAUGACUCUGACGGUGAGGAUCAAUUUGGCAGAAUGGUGCGGAGGUUUGACGAGGUGGAGAUCAACAAGCGUGAGGCUAACAUGCGCGCGUACGGUGUAUAUGUGGUAAGUUCCUACCUAGCCGACGCUGAUAUCACGGACAGCCACCACGGCCUCCCUCUCAGGUCUCAGGACUCAGGGCCCAUCUACAUUGGCCGAGUUUCCCACUUAAUUGCACAUAUAACUAAUAAUCAACCCACCGCAGGGUACCGGAACGCCCUCUCGACCCGGCUCGUCCAUGUCUAA